AGAAACAAGCAUCCUUUUCUUUUACAGUUUUUUUAAUUUUUCUUCUUAUUACAAAGGUAGGGACGACAUACCAUCGAGGAUCUAUAAAUCUUUCUACGUUAUAAAGACAACUCUUCGCAAUAACACUUAACUAGUUUUUAUAUAUCUUUUUUACUUACUUGUUUUUAUUUGUACACAAAAGAGAAAGAAAAAAAGGUUACUCAUAUAUUAAUAACUUAUACCACACGGAUUAGCUCCGGCGAAUAAUGGUCGUCGUCUUCAUCUUCUUCCUCCAACAGAUUUUUCCUUAAAUGGAAGAAAGCAAAAGAAACUCCGAUCUUCUCCGUUCUCGUGUCUUCCUCUCUGGCUUCUACUGCUGGGAUUGGGAAUUUCUCACCGCUCUCUUGCUCUUUAGUUGCUAAAUCCUUAUUUGAUCCCAUCUCUAUUCCUUCUUCUUUUUAUUCUCUCUGUUGUCUAGAUUCUUUUUUAGUGUUUUUGUUUUUUGGGGUGAAAAAUCGCCGGAGAUGACGGCGGUGACGGCGGCGCAAAGAUCUGUACCGGCGCCGUUUUUAAGUAAAACGUAUCAGUUAGUGGAUGACCAUAACACAGACGACGUCGUGUCAUGGAACGAAGAAGGAACAGCUUUCGUGGUGUGGAAAACAGCAGAGUUUUCGAAAGAUCUUCUUCCUCAAUACUUCAAACAUAAUAACUUCUCAAGCUUCAUUCGUCAGCUCAACACUUACGGUUUUCGGAAAACUGUACCGGAUAAAUGGGAAUUUGCUAACGAUAAUUUCCGGAGAGGCGGAGAGGAUCUGUUGUCGGAGAUACGACGGCGUAAGUCGGUGAUCGCGGCGGCGGGGAAAUGCGUAGUAGUUGGUGGUUCGCCGUCGGAGUCAAACUCGGGUGGUGAUGGUGGUGAUCACGGGUCAAGCUCCACGUCAUCACCCGGUUCGUCUAAGAACCCUGGCUCGGUGGAGAACAUGGUGGCUGAUCUAUCAGGAGAGAACGAGAAGCUGAAGCGAGAGAACAACAGCUUGAGCUCUGAGCUAGCGGCGGCGAAGAAGCAGCGAGACGAGCUAGUGACGUUCUUGACCGAUCAUCUCAAAGUGAAGCCUGAGCAGAUCGAGAAGAUGAUCAAAGGAGGGAAGUUCAAACCGGUUGAGUCUGAGGAGGGAGAAGAGAGCGACUGCGAAGGUUGUCACGGCGGAGGAGAGAGGGAGGAGGAGGGGGUAGGUGAAGGAUUGAAAUUGUUUGGGGUGUGGUUGAAAGGAGAGAGAAAGAAGAGGGGCCGGGAUGAAAAGAAUUAUGUGGUGGCUGGGUCCCAUAUGACGGAGAUAAAGAACGUGGACUUUCACGCGCCCUUGUGGAAAAGCAGCAAAGUCUGCAACUAAACCCAAAAAGUGUGUUUUUAGAACAAGACUGUUCUUAAUUUGGCCAAACCAGCGUGUGACACGUCAUCGAAGGCUGUUCUUAAACUAUUUUUUUUCUCGUAAGGGAAAAAGUUAAUUUUCUUGUUGUUUUUUAUAUGUUUUUUAAAAAGUGAAGAAGAAGAUCCAGAAGGAUCAAAAUGCAAAGUAUAAGGAUUUUCAUGUAUUGUAUAAGGAUUAAUUAGUGUAUUUAAUAAAAUUAAAUAAGUUUAGUACAUA